CAUGAAGAGGAAAACAAUCAGUGAAGAGACUGGGAAAACAAAAAUGGACGCUCCUGCCAAUAUUGAUGGCGGUGAGCAUCCUGCUAACCCUCUUCCCAAUCCUCCUGAGACCUUCCCUCCAGAGGAGCGGCCUCUCCAUGAAGGUUUUAUGCGGGAAGCGUUGGCAAUGGCACAACUUGCCCUUGACACAGACGAGACCCCUGUAGGCUGUGUCUUUGUGCAUAAUGGGGCCGUUGUCGCUCGUGGCAUGAACGCCACCAACCGCACCCUCAACGGCACACGCCACGCCGAAUUCAUCGCCAUUGCCUCGCUCCUUUCGCCGACGCCCCUUCCGGCGUCAACUUCCCCAAACGACCUACCCCAGCCUGACCCCUCCCGGCCGGCCUACACUGCCGAUGUUCUCCCAGAAUGUGAUCUUUAUGUCACGGUUGAGCCGUGCGUCAUGUGCGCCUCCUUGCUCCGGCAGUUCGGGAUCAGGAAGGUCUAUUUUGGCGCUGCGAACGAUCGAUUUGGAGGGACAGGCGGUGUGUUGAGUAUUCAUGACUGUGCAUCAGUAGACCCGGCGUAUAAGGUCAGUGGAGGCUGGCUGAGGGAAGAGGCGAUAAUGAUGCUGCGGCGGUUUUACGUACAGGAGAAUGGGAAAGCACCGGCGCCGAGACCGAAGAAGGAGAGAGUUCUAAAUCUUGAGGUAGAACCGUUGGUUAAGCCAACUGGUGAUAAUCCGAGUUAAAUGUUUGGAAUAGGAUCUUUUUGACACAGCAUUGAAGAGGUAGACAGACGAAGUACAUGUAUAUCACGAAGAAUUUACGUAGAUUUAGGCAAGGAAAGAAGCUUUACAAUUGUUUUGUGAACAGCCUUGCGCUAUGAAGGGAGCUGAACUUGCCCCGGGCUCUAUCAAGAACAGCUGUAUAAAUACUCAGAGAGC